UUGACAUCCAGCUUUUACCAUGGAAACUAACUAUAUAUCGCGAGGGCUUCAACACCUUCUGGGUAAUUGACAAACUACUACCAUUAAAGGGUCUAGCAUCGGGUUGUAAUCUACUCAACUUCUUCAGUUUUGACUCCGCAUCGUGAACCACCACACUGGCCGCCCUUGUGAUUUAUUAGUGCUUUGUUGGACAAAUUGAGUUAAUUUUAGCCCAGCCUGCAGGGCCGCAGGCUGAAUCAUGCAAAUAGCUGUUUGUCAUAGGCUGCUAUUUGGGCUUUUUGCGCGCCGUGAUUGGCUAAAUAUCCAGGUAUGGUAUGAGUGCAUAAUCCUCACUAUGGGUCAGUCUGUCUCCAAAUUAAAGGAUUCUGUGGUCUGGGGCUUGGAGCCAUUGCUUCAUAGUACGCGGGAGAAAUGCGUGAAUUGAAACCCCCCUACGGGGGUAGAGAUGUGCGCCCGCAACCGGCGAUUUCUUGACAAAAGAGAAAUACUUGUUUGAACCAACAAUGUGGAAGAAAAACCUACGAUCUAGAGGGCCCGUGAUUGGGAAUCCCGUGCUACUAACUACUACGCUCGACAAUACGACGCUGCAGACCAUGACGACUCUCAAUUCUCCCACUAACCCUCAGGGCCACCCCGACUACAACCAGCGUGAUCGCGACGAUGGCCCAGGCCUACCACCAUUGCCGUUUAAGCCGAUGGAGCCGGAUUCGCGCAGAUCAAACCUCCCUUCCCGGUCGCCAAUACCAUCUUCUAUAUAUUCAAAACGCGAUUCCCAUGUAGAAGGCAACAUGUCGUCAGCCGAUUAUAACGUGCCUCCAAGAAGAAGAAAUUCCCAGGUCUAUCAACCGGAGUUCCGCGAGAGCCAAUAUACCGAUAUUUCGCCGCCAGAUUCUCCUGUAUUUGCGCCCACUGGCCAUCAUGAGAGUCCUGACGUAUCUCCCAUAGACGAUGACCCUCCGCGGUUUCCGCCUCCAAGAGCGCCUUAUAGAGAACCUCUUAGAGAAGGCGGGCUCCAGAGUGCUGUGCCCAUAACGUUCAAAGAUGUUAAUCGCAAACCCAGCGCAGUACACGCGCCAUCUCAAUCACAUGCAUCGUCUCCGCCAUCUACAACCUUAAAUCCAAUAUCUCCGAGCCAGGCAUCGAACCGGCGUACGAGAUGGGACGAUUUUUCUGGAGAACCCACUCACGACGAGAAAGACAAGGUAGCGCAAGCCAGGCCCGGAGCCGUUGUUCCUCAGCAGGGUCCGACGAUCAAACAAUCAUCUAAACAAGGGUUUAAUCUUCUAGCCAAAGGGAAAGAGUUGAAUCAAGCGAGGAGGAAGUUGAUGGAGGGGCGCCGCCACGCUGAUAAGAAUGAUAAAGCUGAUCCCGCUCAGUUACCCCGCCCUCGAGAGCCAUGGAAAGGUGCAAGCGGACGAGCAGCAAUCGUUAAACCCAUAGAUACCAAGAAAACACCCCAACCACAACCACCGCUAAGUAUUCAAACCCAACCUCGCAAAUAUAGUGCCUCUGGUGUAGAACGCAAACCGCUCCCUCGCAAUGAUGCCGCUAGCGGACAUGCCCCUCUUACGGUAUCUAAAUCGAGAGACGCAGGCAGUGUGCCUGAUGACCCAACCAUUAAACCCAUUGUUCCAUUAAAAGCAGCCAACAACACCCCAGCAUCUACCAGAAUUCCUUCAACUCCUGCUUCUCAUUCCGUAAACAGCGGGACACCAGCACAAUCCGAAACCCCUCGGGCAACACAACCCGAAGCUCCCAACUGGGACUUUACUGCCAGGCUCCAAAACAUAACUUUAGAACAACAGCUAUCGAGCCGUUUCAGCGCGACUACAUAUGCAACAACUGAAGCACCAAGCAGUCCUCCUGGAACACCACGCGCUCAAACAGCUGAUAAAGACGCCCCGGCCCUCCCUGCCGUUCAUACGGAAAGGACAGAAACUAUAUCAUCACGAACCUUCGUCAAAGCCACUAGGCGCAAACCAACACCAUCAGAAAUCACAACAUCAUCCGCAAAGACACUACCCCGCAGCCCUCCCGAGAUGGAAGCCGAAAACCGCAUCGAGGCAAUGGAGGCUCGGCUCAACGACCUCGGCCAGCGCAAGGCGAAUAUUAACACGAUCCUCCAUGAGUUGACGCAGGUGAUACAACCCAGCUCCAUCGCGUAUGACCUGGCGACGAGGAGCGAGGUCAAGAAAUCGGUCAGCAGCUUGAACAAUGAACUUACGGAGAUUAGGAAGGAGGAACAUGAUGUGGGGAUGAAGCUUAUGAGGGCGAGGAAGAAGCAGGAUCAAGAUGAUUAUUAUCAACCGUCGAGUAUCUGGGUUAAACGAGUUACUGAGGAUUACUGAGGAAUUUGUUGGCUCCCCCUUAACCAUGUUUCAUUAUUCCUUCUUUCCUUCUUGAUUCUCGUUUGCACUCCAACCCGCCCUCGAACCGGCUUUCUUUUUCUGGUUCUUUUCUUUUGCUUUGCUUCUCUCUCUCUCUCUCUCUCUCUUUUUUUUUAAAAAAAAAAUGAUGGCUGGGCCAGAUGAUACCUUUUCUCCAAACCUGGCUACAUUUUUGGUAAUCUAUUCCUUGAUAGCCAACGAAGCUCCAGGGGUUCUCAGUUUUUUCUUUCCAUUCAUCCAUUCUGGCUUCUCUGACUUUCUUAUCUCGUCCCACUCUUCAAUAAGUAUAAGAAGGGCGCUAUUAGCUGCUUUGGCGCUCUGCUGCUCGGUCUGUUGCGUCUCGUGACUUUUUCAUUUUUCACUUUUGUUUCUGGCUCCAGAGAAACAGCCAUGAUACAUUUUAUUUUAUAUUUUGCCUGGCUUCCCAACUCCUUUCCUCCCUGUACAUGCGAGAAACUACGAUUUAUCAUGACCCUAUUAUCCCAUUCCGUCAUGCCGCGCUGUAUAUAUGAUACUUUGCUUCGUUCCCUAUCAAGAUGAUUGCUGGUGGAUGUGAAUUGGUAAAAGGUAUGUUUGAUAUUCCAGAUGUAAAAGUUUAAAAAUUAAGAGAAAAAAUAUAUCCCUUCGCAGAGACAAGAAGCCGUACUCUCAGCGUCGAACCGGUUUUGGACUGCGAGGGGUAUCUUGCGCGAAGGUAGAGGACGUCAUUUCGUUAUCCAUCACUCCAGAUCUC